GCAUGACCGGAAGUGCACCGCUCUUUUGCCAUGUUGCGUGCUUUUGUACUUUCUGUGAGGUGAUCCCCAGUGAAAUUAAUUUAUUAGGGAAUUUCAAUGCACAAUGAUCAGGUUGUUAGGUUAGAAUGGCCACUGCGUCUUCGCUGGAAAUAUCGCGGCGUAAUCCUCAGGAUGAAUACGACUUGGUGCAGAGAGUCGGUAGCGGAACCUACGGAGAUGUCUACAAGGCGAAAAGAUUAUCCACGGGUGAGAUGGCGGCUAUCAAGGUGAUAAAGCUGGAGCCAGAACGUAAUUCCUCUAACUGGGACGAGCUUGGGGUGCUGCAGCAAGAGAUCUUGAUGAUGCGUGGCUGUCGGCACCCUAACAUUGUCGCCUACUUCGGCAGCUACCUUCGCAGAGACAAGCUGUGGAUUUGCAUGGAGUACUGUGGGGGAGGCUCCUUACAGGAUAUCUAUCACAUAACGGGACCCCUGACAGAGCAACAGAUAGCUUACGUCUGCCGUGAAACUCUUCAGGGUCUGGCCUACCUCCACUCCUUAGGCCGGAUGCAUCGUGAUGUGAAGGGAGCUAAUAUUCUGCUUACACACGAGGGAGGUGUCAAGUUAGCUGACUUUGGAGUAUCUGCCCAGAUCACAGCUACGAUAAGCAAACGAAAGUCAUUCAUCGGAACUCCCUAUUGGAUGGCACCAGAGGUGGCAGCUGUAGAGCGCAAGGGUGGUUACAACCAGCAGUGUGACAUCUGGGCAGUGGGCAUCACGUCCAUUGAGUUGGCUGAACUACAGCCACCCAUGUUCGAUCUGCAUCCCAUGCGUGCACUCUUUCUCAUGGCCAAAUCUGGUUUUAAGCCACCACAACUCAAGGACAAGCUCAAGUGGUCACCAAAUUUUCACCACUUUGUAAAAGUGGCGCUCACAAAAAACCCAAAGAAACGACCUUCGGCUGAGAGAUUAAUCAUGCACCCCUUCUUCAGUGGUGAUCUGACAAGGCGUCUAGCCAUUGAGCUCAUGGACAAAGUGAACAACCCGCACCAGAACUACCAUGCAGAGCUUGACCUGGAUGAUGAUGUGAUACUUUCUAACGUUCCUCAGCGGAUAGCAUCACGGAGAUCCGCCAUGACAGCAGAGAGAGAACGCAGAAAAGCAGAAAAUGCUAACGUUGAAGAGAGGUUAUAUACAGAAGUGACAGAUGCGACUGAUAAGGUUCCUGAACCUGAUGAGGAUUCUUUUAAUGUCGCCACAGCAUGGAUGGAGAGGGAUCCAGCUGCAGAUGAAGUUCACGGUGGUGGUGGUGGUAGCAGUGGUGAAGGUGACAACAACAUGCAGGCCGAGGUGGAGAACGAUGCUGAAGCCAAGUUCAAUGUAGCACUACGCAGCCUGUUGGACAUAGUGGAUGAGGAGCUGCAGCGCAGGGGUCACACGGAACGGCUGUUUGACCUGGACCUCAAGUACUCGCAAGAGGCUACGCUUCCUCUGGAACGAAAAGAUGGCUGUGCAUGGCACCUAGAACAACCACAACAUAAUGGGGAUGUUGCGGAAGUUGAGAAACCAAGAGAUGCCACACUGGAAGUAGGGGCCCUCACAGUGCACAUGCCUGAGGAGCCGGAAGAGGUGAUAAUACAACAAAACGAAGAAGAGCAUCAUGCUGUCGAAGAAGCUGGGGAGCCACCAGAAGCACCUCCGCGGUUGUCGCGUAGGCCUUAUCGACAGGCACAGCCGAAACCUAUCUGUAAUGGAUUGCCCCCAACACCUAAAGUUCACAUGGGUGCCUGCUUCUCUAAAGUGUUCAAUGGAUGUCCUUUGCACAUACUCUGCAGUGCGAGUUGGAUUCACCCAGACACAAGAGAUCAACAUUUAUUAUUUGGCUGUGAGGAAGGCAUCUACACACUAAAUCUCAAUGAGCUUCAUGAUUCAUGCAUGGACCAGAUAUUUCCAAGGAGAACAACGUGGCUAUUUGUCAUAAAAAAUGUCCUCAUGUCAUUAUCUGGCAAGGCCCAGCAUCUUUAUCGUCACGAUCUCGUUGCCCUCCACCGAGGGAGUGGGGGAGGAGGAAGCCUGCGUUUUGCAGGAAUACCUGAACGCUUGGUGCCUGAACGGCUAUUUGUGCGUCAUACAGCUUCCACUAAAGUGUGUGACACCAAAGGAACAAUGAAGUGCUGUGUUGGGCGAAAUCCUUACAACGGCUACAAGUACCUAUGUGGAGCCCAGCCCAGCAGGGUGUUCCUCAUGCAGUGGUAUGACCCACUGGGCAAGUUUAUGCUUCUCAAGGUAUUUGAAUGCAUGAUGCCAUCAAAGCUGGAGGUAUUCGAGAUGAUCAUCACUCCAGACUUGGAAUACCCUGUGUUAUGCAUCGGAGUAAGGAAAAGCUAUGGGACAGAGCACGUGAAAUUGGACACAGUGGAUUUAAAUUCUUCUGCCUGCUGGUUUGCUGGCCAUGACGACGAGGAAGGAAGCGAAACAAUGGUACCACGUCGAGAUCCUCUCCCAGCACUCCACUUGACCCAGCUUGACAAAGACACAUUGCUUCUUUGCUGCUACAAUAAGGUGAAGCUACUUGACCUAGAGGGCCACUUGAAGCAAAGUAAAGCUCUACCUACAGAGCUCUGCUUUGAGUUCAAGGUGGAAAACAUUGUGUGCCUGCCAGACAGUGUGUUGGCAUUUCACCGACAUGGAAUGCAAGGCAGAAGUCUGCUGGACGGGCAGGUGGUGCAGGAAAUUACAGACCCCACACAUGCAUUUCGUGUGCUUGGCUCUGACAGAAUCGUGGUGCUUGAAAGCAGUCCUACCGAGGAGCCCAGUGGGCCAUCAAAUCUUCACAUCCUUGCUGGACAUGAGAACAGCUUCUGAGCCCAUCACCUGAGGGUGCUCAUCUGACCAGAAAGAAUGGGCAGGCAACCCUGUCAUCCCUCCUCCUUCCGGCAAUCACCCACCAACACAGGACUCAGUUCGUGGGACAUUGCCAUCGAGAGAUUCCUUUGUCCUUGGAGGGUCUACCUAUGAUGCAAAGUAUAUUACAUUAGAACCCGGUUCAUUUAACGGCAUUCUCGGCCGUCGUGUUAGGUACUCUCCGUUUUUAGUACCUUUGUCUGAGGGUGCCUUUUUUUUAGCUUUGUAGAAACUUGACUAGGUCCCUGUAGAAUGCACUUGUUCAGUGUGACACGUAGGUUUUAAUAUGCUUUCUUAAUGCAAUGGUUGAAUGAUAUGACAGUGUUUUAAAAAGAAGAUGAAUGCAGGAUGGGGUCUGUAUAUUUGCGCUGGUGCGUGAAGGUGUAAAGUAUAAUUUUAAUGCAGCAUUAUACAUUGAUGGGAGUGAAUGUGAUAACCACGUGUUCCUUGUACAGAUUUUUUUUUCUUCUUUAUCUGCAGCAGAGGAACGUAAAAUCAUUGCGGCAAGAACUGUUGACAGCUUCCGCAUUGCUGCAACCUCAUAGGGCAAUGCAAGCACUUUGUUGCUUUGCUGGAGAUAUCCUUGUACAGUAUUUUUUGUACAUGUGUAGAACUAUGAAAUAAGCAAAAAAGGAAGAUAAAUACAUAUAUAUGUACAGGGUGUCCACGCUAACUGUGGACAGAAUUUUAUAAAAUGGGGAAAUACUUGUUUCGUUUUGUUUUGUUUUUCUUUUACGAGAAACGGCUAUAUGUUUUAAGUCAAAUGGCCCACCUUAUGAGCGCAUUAGCAACCUCCUGGGGCAUUAUCCUCAUUCAUUUUGACCAAUUAACUUUUUAAUUACGAGAGAUAGAAGCUUGGCACGAUGACAACAUCUUUUUUUGGUGAGUCGAUGCCGUUGUCGUUUUUCAGAUAAAGGAUCAAGCCAUUAUAGGUGGGGCCUGACUUUUUCGGGUUAAAUGUCUUUACUGCAUUUGGGAGGGAAAAAUUGGGUGCUAUUUUUUAACCUGCAAUUCGGGAUGAAAUCGGCUGCUAUUGAUACAUUCGGGUGUUGUCAGGUUAUUAUUUUUUUAUUUGAACUUGAACCAACUACCCCAGCUUGCCACCCUUAUGAUUUUUUGCUCUCCACCUAGCCAGCCGAGUACAGUUCAAGUGCAUAUGUUGGUCAAACAUAUAUGCCAUGAGCACCACAUGUUGUAACAUCAAAUGUGUUUUGCGUGCUUUAUUGUUGCAGUCAAAUAAUAUAUGCGUCAGAUAUGCAUACAUAUUGCUAUGAAAUACUGCACGUGAUACCCUGUUCAACCUGAUACGUGAUUAGAAUUCGGGGAGGAAUCGGGUUUAACCCGAAAUGGUCCUAAACUGAUUCGGGAGAGAAUAAUGCGGCAGAAUCGGGUUUAACCCGAAAAAGUCUGACCCUAAAUAUAGGCCAUGUCAUGAAACUGCUGCUGAGCAGCGCCAGGUUCCUCGAUAACGAUCCUCUGGCUAUUUGGGCUGUGGAAACCUAAGCUGUGUCAUUACUUUCCAGUGUUUGCACUGCUGGUUCAUUAUUGUUAAUAUGACUGCUAAUUGCAGUUAGUCGUAAGUUAAGUUCUUUUCAGACACUAUAUUGCAUGUCACAGUCUUUAACAGUAUUGUGACUAUUUAUGUUUGCAACUAUUGCCAAAUACUUUUAAGCACGAGGAAAUGUUAAAUGUCCACUGUUAACACACUUUACUUGCAGUAAUUUGUUAAUACUACACCUGCAGUUCAGUAUAAUUGGAGAAAAAAAGGCAUUUCCCAAUUUUUUAAAAUUCUCUCUAUAAUUACGACAGACAUACUGUAUAUAUGCAUAUAUAUAAACUUGUAAAUAGUAUUAUAUGAACAGGAUCCUUUAAACGCGAGUCUAAGCUUGUUGGUUUGUAGAGGAAGGCCGGUUUUCUACGUACAGGCAUGUGCUGUGACGCAUGCAGGGCUCAUGAGAUAGAAGGCUUACAGGUGCAAACUGCAGAACAUGUAGUUCAUCUGCAUCUCAGAGUAAAAAUAAUCAUUAAUCUGAUCUUGUAUCUGGCAAUGUCUUGGCCAAGGUUAAUACAGGCAAUCAGCGUAGCAGCGGGCUACAUUAAAAUUUUGGUAUGUCGGAUGGUAAUGCAAAUUUCAUUGCGCUAAUGAUACGGAGCUCAAUUGUUUGUUUGUUUUUUUGUCUUCUUUCAUUUGUGUUUUUUUUUUGCCAUUUUUUAGCGCUCCACAUUGCUUCGUUCCAACAUCAGAAGAUUUUCGAUUGUGAUAUACUAACUGUGCGCACAUGAUUUAUAUAACAUCACAACAGUUUUCUUCUAGGACUGGGCCUGUCAGUCUCUAGCAGUAGAUAUCUAAACAAUGCAAUAAAUUGAAAAGACAACAUAAGUGAUCCAAAUAGUGAUAGUGUUGCCACUGGAUAAGAAUUCCUGCUAACUGUCAUACACAUACAGUGUUCACUCUGUGUCCCCUGUUUAAUCUGUUUGAUAACAACUAUAUCAUGAGACGACAUGUAACACAACGAAUGGACUUUCUACACUAUACCCUUCAAGUUAUUUGAUGGAGUACAGCCACCAUCAGACUUGAGUGUAACACAGAAGAGAGUGGCCUACGCAGCGUUUGCGUGGGUACUAGACUAGGUCGCCAUGCACAUGCAGCCAACGCAGUGUGGCCUGUGAUGAGUGUGGAGCAGAGGCUGAUUGUAGAUGUGAUAACUGCUCAACUACACAUGCCAGGACACUGUUGUGCGGUGGUGCAUGUUUCAGCCUACCGUAAUUUCACGCGAAUUACCUAGCUGCGGCUUGUGCACAAUUUUUUGUUUCUCACAGGCGUGGCUUAUCUAAUGACUAGUUUUCCCAAUUUUUCUUAUACACCGGUUUUAAAGAAAGGACCAACAGUGUCUCUUAAACAGCACCACCCAACGACGCAUGAACGAAUGCACGAACAAUGCAUAACAGGGGCGCCGUCCAUCUUCGAGUAGCCUUCCCUCAAGCAGCUUUAACGGAAGUGGUGACAGUGGUUCAUGUCCUCUGGAAGGCCACUAACCCGUCCAUCCAUGAAAAACACAACACGGGCACAUUCCGAUCUUGGUAAAACACUAGAACUGACCUCCUUUGUUGUACACCAUGCCGACCCCGGAGUAAUGACCACAGGGUUUAUGGCCUUCUCUAUGGUCUCCUUUGUCGCACAAAUUUGUGGUCGCUUUGUAUUGCCCGUGGCUUAUCUGUGAGUGCAGCUUAUCUGCCUGAAAAUUUUUAAAGUAUUGAAAAAAACUGGUCCUGUGGCUUAUCUCCGGUGCGGCUUAUACGCGUGAAAUUACGGUACUUCCAGACCUAUGUUUGAGACACAGUCUCAAAUCCGAAGGCUAUUGGUCCACUAGUAAUGCUCCGCGUUGGUGGCAUCUGCGCAGACCACAUGCUCCAGUGUUACAGUUAAAUCUGGCUGUGGCUGCACACGUUGUGGUCUUACCUGUCCUACUGUCGAAUCUGUCUUCUGCAUGAGACGUGCUGUGGCCAGUAGUGUAGCCAGAAAAAUGCUUAGAGAGGGGUUCUUUUAGAACUUUACAUGGGGGGAGGAUUUUUACCUCCCGUUUUCCCCAUCCCAAGUGCACUACCAAAAGUACGAUCUCUGGCUCUGCCACUGGCUGUCUUUCGUCUUUAAGUUUAAUGUCUUUCUCCCAGAAUCUUUAAAGUGCCACUCUGGACUAAAAAGUGCCGUUUUUUGUUUUGUUUUGUAUAUGAAUCAAACUUGCGCGAAGACUCGAUGUACAAAAUGUAAAUGCCGUCAGCAAACCUUGCACACCUCCAUGAAUUUUCAAAAUGCCCAGCAAGGCUCAUAGUUUGGGAUCCUCCAAGAGUAGGCAACGUCAAGUUCCAGAGCACACGAUACCCAUAUGACCCGGGUGUGUGCUGAGGCAGGCAUCUGCUGACAACAGUGCAGGCACCUUUCCAGUCUGUGUUUCCACCCUAAGUUGGACACACGACACGACCUUGGAGAAACAAUGUUGCCAGAUAGGUGGCACGUUGGGCGCAAUGUGAAGUUAUACUUAGGGCAUGUCUUUUUAGGGUUAUAUCCAAUUACGCCCAAUGUUUACCUCCCGAUUUAAAUUAAAAAAAAAAAAUCUGUGGUUUAAUCUGGCAGAUCCCAAAAAUCUGCUCGACCAGGAGGAUCUGUAGUCAUCACUACUAACAUGGAACUCUGGAAACUGUGUUGUAAAUGCCUAAAUGUGCUCAUACAAACUGUCAAGACAGAGACCCUUCUGCCUUUUAGAUACAUGGACUAAAUAUUGAUGCUCUGUGUCUACUGGUGUGCCGUGUAUUAUGCCGAGUAAACUGAAGAUUUAAGCCUGAUCCAAUUAAGUUCAACCAGAAUUGGGUUGAAUCAGGUUUUGUUCAACCCAAUUACACCCGAAUUAUUGAAGCAAAAUAUAACUCUAUAUUUACUCCCUGAUUUUGCUGGAAUAGAUAACCCGAAAAAGUCGUGCCCUAGUUAUGCUAUGUCUGACAAGCAGAGAUUAAUUUUAUGAUACGUGCAUCCAUUUUCUUAUAGUGAAUUUGGUUUGAUUUGGGAAACAGUAGAUUUAGUCCAUUGUGGCACUUUGUGAGUAUAGUUUACAUGUUCGAGAGACAUUGGACAUAAAAUGCAAAAAUCACACUCAAACAAAUGUGUGUUAUUUAUUCCUUUCUUUUCUUUUUGCCUCUGCAAGUUCAGUGUGCAUGCUGGGUUCCAAUAGAUGCUUGGAUGUUACAGUAUGCCAAUCUUUUUAUAAGUACUGGAGUGCACAAUGCAUAGUGCACAACGAGGAAUGCAGUUUUGCUGUACAAAGCAUGUGCCGUGUGACUCUGUCAGUGUGUCUGAAGGUAACUGAUUGAACAGGCCUGCCGUAGGAAUAAACAGAGAAAUACCA